AUGAGUCUCUUGCAGCUAGUGUUACUGGUGCUGCAAAUAUGCUUUACAUCCGCACUCGUGAUCGAGAGCCCAGAAUGCCGACUAGUGACGCAUGUCUCCGGCGAAUUCACAAACCUCACGUUGCUAAAAACCGGCAGUCUGCACAACUUGGACAUCGUGCCCGUGUCUCCGUUUACGGCGUGCGAGCCAUUGCAUGGUGACCUGACGGGUAAAGUAGCGCUUGUACUACGUGGCGAGUGCAACUUUGUACAGAAAGUGUGGAAUGCACAACGCGCUCACGCGGCUGCUGUAAUUGUAAUGGAUAGCGAACUGCGUCACGAGCCACCGUACCACAUUAUUAUGAUGAAAGAUAGCAAGGCCAACAGUAUCCACAUCCCGUCGGUCUUUAUUUCUUACACAUCUGGCGAGUGGCUGCUUCUCGCCAUAAGUCGCGCUGCGCCGUGGGAUCCACCACAGAUAACGCUGAAUGCUUAUGGUGAAUUGCCGCAAGCAUCGACGUCGAACCGCUUACUUAAACGCGUAAUUGCGUACAUUUGCGCAUUUUCUAGUGGAUUAAGUCUACUGUCGUCGGCAAUAUUCCAAUGGGUUAGCAAGUCCCGACGAACGCGGGCGGCGAAAAAGUUGCCAGUAGCCAAAUAUGAACGCAAUAUGCAGCGGACACUUUUGGAACAUUUGCUGAAAGAUGAAUAUGUGCUGGAUCGCAUUUUUCUCAACUGCACAACUUCAGAAGACGGAGGUUCUGAUGCUAAAAUUUGUCUUGAAAACGAUAAAGGGAUAGAAAUGCAGAAAGAAGAUCGCGUCAAUAGCGAAACAACUUAUCGAGGUUCAGCUGACUCGGAUACAGAGACUUGCCCCAUUUGUCUGGAUGACUUUGAAGAUGGCACAGACGUGAAGGUUCUUCCGUGUCAGCACUUUUUCCACAUAAAUUGUAUCAAUCCAUGGCUAGAAGGUCGAAGUGGACGCUGUCCACUGUGCAAACAAGAUGCUAUUGCUUCAGUGGUUGGUGCGUCCAAACAAAUCUUUGGUGUUUCAUUACCACGAGUUGACCAAAUUCUUCAACAUGAGCAGUGGUUUCACACGUGCCUUCUAAUACUGCCUGCAUCUUUAGCUAGCUGCUUGGUUGUCAAUGCCAUCAUCGGCAUCAUGUGGCCCUAA